AUGCAGCCACGACACCCAUCACCUUCCUUGAACAACACCGUAAACCGUGAGGGAAGUAGACAAAUUCAUAAUCAUCAUCAAUUUCAAACACAAACACCACCACAUGAUUCAAAUAAUUACAGACAGCCUACAGAUUUAAAACGAAAAUUCGAUGAAGCUAUUGUUCCGAACACCACCACAACAACAACAACUGGUAAUACAACGACAUCAACCGACGCCACCAGUGAAAUGGAAAAAAAGAAAGCAAGAUUAGAAGCUUGGAAAAAGAAGAAGGAAAUGGGAGCACUUCAAAAACUAGAAGAAGAAAAGAAACAAAAGGUUGUAACCGCAACUCCGAUCAGCAACACAAACACUCCUAACACAAAGCCUUUAUCAUCGGUAGAAAUGUUCCAAAAAAAAUCGGGUGUGUCUCUCAAAUUUAAUUCAACAGGAACAAAAUCAAAACACGCUCAAGUACCAAACAAUUCGUUACUCAAUAUAAUGGAGGAUGAUGACUUCACUGGCUCAUCUUCAAAAUCUGCCACCUCCCUUAGCUUCCUUGAUGACGAUGAGAUGAUUACGACUAAUACCACAAUGGAAGACGAGGAGGACGAAUUUGAAAAAUAUAUGUCCACCAUUCAUAAUAAUUUACAGCAGCAACAGCAGCGUUCAGUGUCUGACAACGGUACGUUAAGUAAUAGCAACAUCACGGAGUAUUCUACUGAAAACAGAAACCAAAAAGGACAAGUCUUAUUUUCUGAGGAUCUCGACGUAGAUAUUGAUAGCUAUUUCAUUACAAAAGAGGAUACUAUUGAAAAAGGUUUUGAAGGAUUGUCAGAUCUUCAAAAGCAGUCUAAAAAGGAUUUAAAGCCUGUAGAUCAUUCACAAAUUGAUUACAUACCCAUUCGUAAAAACUUUUUUAUUGUUCCUAAAGAACUUUGCUCCAUGACCGAAACAGAAAUCAAUGAACUCAGAAAGGAGAUGGGGAAUAUUAAAGUUCAUGGGCAUGAUAUUCCUCCUCCUGUAAAAUCAUGGACCCAAUGUGGGUUGAAUGAUGUGAUUUUAGGAGUAAUAGACUCCCUUGGAUAUACAAAGCCUUUUGCAAUUCAGUCUCAGGCUCUCCCUUGUAUCAUGAGUGGAAGAAAUGUUAUUGGUAUUGCUAAAACAGGCAGCGGGAAAACUCUAGCAUUUGUAUUGCCCAUGUUAAGACAUGUUUUGGAUCAACCACCUCUGAAAUUUGGAGAUGGACCAAUUGGCAUUGUGAUGGCUCCAACCAGAGAACUUGCGAUUCAAAUUCAUGACGAAUUGGCUAAAUUUGCUGAGCCUCUCCAGUUAAAAACAGCUUGUGUUUAUGGAGGUGCUGGAAUUGCCGAGCAAAUAGCUUUAUUGAAAAACGGUGCUCAUAUUGUGGUUUGUACACCAGGAAGAUUAAUCGAUUUGCUUUGUGCCAAUAGAGGCAAAGUAACCAAUCUCACCCGUGCAUCAUUUGUUGUCCUGGAUGAAGCUGACAGAAUGUUUGAUUUGGGAUUUGGGCCUCAAGUAAUGAGAAUUUUGGACAAUAUCAGACCCGACAGACAACUUGUCAUGUUCAGCGCGACAUUCCCUCGUCAAUUGGAAGCUCUUGCUAAAAAAGUGAUGAAAAACUCCAUAGAAAUUAUAGUUGGAGGAAGAUCCGUAGCAUGUGAGAACAUAAAACAAUACGUAGAGAUUUAUAAUGAUGAUUCGACCAAAUUUUUACGAUUGUUGGAAUUACUUGGCAAGUAUAACAAACCCAAUACGAGCAUUCUCAUUUUUGUCGACUCACAAAACAGUGCUGGUGAUUUAUUUAAGGAUUUGGCUCUUGCUGGUUAUAAGGAUUGUAUCUGUACUCUGCAUGGAGGAAUGGAUCAAAUUGAACGUGAUUGCACAAUAUCCGAUUUCAAAUCUCAAAAAUAUAGCAUCAUGAUUGGAACAAGUAUUUGCGCUCGUGGACUUGAUGUUCCAAGUAUUCGUCUAGUUGUAAAUUAUAAUUGUCCUGAUCACUACGAAGACUAUGUACACAGAGUAGGAAGAACUGGUCGAGCAGGUAGAAAAGGAGUUGCCUAUACAUUUAUUUCUGCUUCAGAGGAAAAGUUUGCUUCUGAUCUCAUCAAAGCGUUAAAACAAUCAAACAAUCCAGUUCCAGACGAACUUGUCAAACUCUCUGAGAAUUAUGUAACGAAAAGAAAUCUUGGACUGGUACAAGAAAAGAAAAAAUCGAACAUGGUACCAGGUUUCGUUGGCAGCGGAUUUAAAUUUGAUGUUCAUGAAGAAAACAAGAAAUUGGAAGAAAAGAAACAACUUGCACUUUCAUAUGCCGUUUCCAACAAUGAUGAGGCAAUUCUUGAUCAAAUCGAUUUACCGACUGAAGAUGAAAUUAAGAAACAAGAAAAGUCCAGUCAAAAGAAAAAAGCAAAGAAAGAAGAGACUGUGGUUGAUAAGGCAACCAAAGCAGCUGAAGCUGUUUAUAAGGACAUUGACAAGAACGAUGCAAUCACUGAGGAAGAAAAGGCAAUUCAACGUGCUCAGCUCUUUGCUGCUGCACUCACAGUUCACACGUCACUCUCAGAAAAGCAAAAAGAAAAACAAAUGGCUCAAAAGAUGUUGCAAAGUGUUGUCAAUGUUGGAGGUCUGUUUCGAACGGAGGUCGAGAUUAACGACUGGCCUAGACCAAUCCGAAUGGAAAUUCUCAAAAAGGAUGCUCUACACAGUGUGCAACAUUUUACGAACACAAAGAUCCAUGUGAAGGGUACUUUUGUUCCUCCUGAAUCACGUCCAAAACCAGGAGAACGAAAACUCUAUCUCUCUAUCGAAGGAACAAGUGAGGAAUCGGUUCAACAAGCACGUUCUCAAAUUUUGAACAUGUUAGGCGAAGAUUCAAGUCUUAUGGAUCGAAGGCAUACAGGACGAUUCACCGUGUGA